AUGGCCGACGCUCCCGUUACUCUGCGGACUCGCAAGUUCAUCCGCAACCCUCUGCUUGCCCGCAAGCAGAUGGUCGUGGACGUCCUCCACCCCAACCGCCCUAACGUCUCCAAGGACGAGCUCCGCGAGAAGCUGGCCGACCUGUACAAGUCCAACAAGGACCAGGUCUCCGUGUUCGGUUUCCGCACGCAGUACGGUGGUGGCAAGUCCACCGGCUUCGCUCUGGUCUACGACUCCUCCGAGGCCCUGAAGAAGUUCGAGCCCCACUACCGUCUCGUCCGUGUCGGUGCCGCCGACAAGAUCGAGAAGCCCUCCCGCCAGCAGCGCAAGCAACGGAAGAACCGCUCCAAGAAGUUCCGUGGUAUCGCCAAGGUCAAGGGCCCCAAGAAGAGCAAGGACUAA